AUGUCAAAGCAGAGGAAGACAUUUAUUACCUUGGUAGAGAAGGCAAUGGCUGACGCUGAGGAGAUGGCACCAGAAGAUCUAGUGUUUUCUUAUAAGGGGAUUUUGUAUCCAUCUACUGUUUGCAGCCCAGAGGCCUUCAAAGCUCUUGAGUCCUUUGAAGCAAGGAGUGAUGAUGUUUUCCUAGCAGGAUAUCCCAAGUCUGGUACAAAUUGGGUUGGUCAAAUCCUAACAGAUUUAGUAGCAACUUCUAGAAAGAAUAAUGAAGGCACACGUAGCUUGGAUGAUGAUGAACUGGAGGAAUUUCCCUAUCUUGAAGUUGGAGAUGCUGAGAAAUAUCAGAGGAUGGCAGAUUUACCUUCCAGAAGAGUUAUAUUUACCCACCUUACUCCUCAAAAGCUUCCUGCAUCUGUCUUCAUGAACAAAGCCAAGAUACUGCUGCUCAUUAGAAAUCCAAAAGACGUAGCUACAUCUUUUUACCAUUUUGCCAAUCGAUUAUCUCCUCUUCCCUCGUACAAGACCUGGGGUGACUUCUUCACAGCUUUUAUGAAUGGAGAAAUGGUCUUUGGCUCUUAUUUUGACUACAUUUUUGAAUGGAACAAGCAUACUGAUGACGCAAAUGUCAUGACAAUCACAUACGAGGAGUUGAAAGAGAAUAGAGCACUGGGAGUGAAACGGAUAAGUGAGUUCUUUGAGUUGCAGCUAACUGAUGAAGAGAUUCAAGGGGUUGUAGACAGAAGCAGUUUCCAGGCUAUGAAAGAGAACUCUGAAAAAACCCAUGGUGCUUUUGGCAAUGUUCUUUUCCGCAAAGGUGGUGUUAGUGACUGGAAGAACAUUUUCAAUGAAGACGACAACCAGAAAAUGGAUGCAACAUUUGAAGAACAAUUAGGUGGAACCAAAUUGGGGGAAAAGUUAAAAUAUAAGGUGUAUUGCAAGGCUUGAAGACUUUGCCCAGACCCCCCUCAAACCUAGAGCUGGCUCUGUUUAGAUAGUGCAUAGUGAGGGGACUUGCAAAGCAGUCUCACUGUUCUGACAUUUUUAUGACUGUCUUCUUUAUGCGCCCCUCCCAUAUAUUUGAAUCUGUUGCUUCUUUUGAAAUGCCACUUGAGGGGUAUUCACAAGAUACAUUCAACAAGUGUACACAUGUGUACACAGUCGUUGAACUAUACAAAUCAACAUGUGUACACUCUUUCACACAAACACUCGUACAUGUGCAGAGACAGUUGGUACCUAUGUUCAGUAUAAUGUGUGAUCAGCCUUUUGCUUUGUUGCUUUGUGGGCAUAUGUUGCUUCAUUUAGUUCCUGCUUCGUAAGGUCACUUUGUUUCUUGAAUGAAGAUUUGUUUGCGUUUUCCAUUGAUCCAAAUGGCAAUGUCACAGUGAGCCUGUUGCUUUUACAGUUCUGAAGAUAACUGAACAAAAAUUUGUAGGAAUUGAGAAGCAGGGGAUGAGGUAAUCCAAAUUUCAGACAAAUAAAUCCAGGGAUUAUUUGUGCUAGGCAUCUUUACAGUUGAAACAUUUAAAAACUUUUCUGCUGUUUGGCCACCUGGUUUUUGGGAUGAAACUUACAAGUCAUGGGAUGCAGAACCUGAUCCUGGCUUGGUCUCUGUCAUCCUCCCCUUUCCUGUCAUCUUACUGUCAUCUUACUUAUAAGGGAAAAGCUCUAGAGUUGGAUAGAA